AUUGAGCCUGUUUUGGAAUCUCAGCCCUCUGCAGAAUUGUUAUCUGAAACUGCUCAAGAGUUUGCGGUAGCGAAUGAUGAUCUACAGAAGCUCAUGGACUGUGAAGAUGGACGAGCAACAGUCAGAGGCCACAGUCCAGUUAAAUCUGUGCUGGAAUUGCAGUGCUCUACAGAAUCAUUAAUUGGUGCACAUACUGAUUUGCCUGAAGAUGCUGUAGGAGUGGAUACUGACCUUCACAAAAAUAUGGGUGCAUUCCCUCAUGGAAAUGUCAGUGCCGUUGGAGAGGAGUUAAAAAUGAUUGUAAAGGAAGGACACAGUGUAGAAAUGAAUGAAGGAGUAGAAAUUGUGGAUAAUAACGUUAUUACUGAACACACAGAUAAGCCAGUUGAGUGGGAUUCAGUUGUACCAAGCACUGAAACUACACCAUCUGUAAACAAGUUGGAAGACUUUAUGUCAAAACAAGAAGAAAAUGUACAGCGGCCAGUGGAUGAAAAAUUACAGAUAUCCUCUGAAUUAAAUGCUUCUGUAAAUUAUGUAGAAGCAAAAGAAGACCUUAACUUGCAGUCAAAUAAAGGAAACGCACAUAAUAAUGCUAGCAUUCUUAUAAAUGAGAACAUUUCAGAUACUUUAGAAUUAAUUGAAGACACUGGGAAUAUUGAGGCAAUUAAGUUUGAGGUGGCUGUUUUGCCAAAGCCUGAAACUGUGGCACAAGUGGACAGACUUGAAGUAGCAAGACCUGUCUCUUCAAAAACAAUUGCCAGCAAUAUCAGUGAAUCUGAAAAAGGCAAUGGCUCUUCUCAUCACAUGGCAUGUAAGAAGCAGAAUAAUAUAACUGAGCAGGAUAAUUCAACCGAGCAGCAUCUGGGCCCCAAUAAGGAAGAAAUGCAGGACCGUUUUAAACACAAAGACCACAAGGAAAUUAUUCCUGAAAAGCAGGUUGAUGCUAUGGAAUUCAAGAACCAGACUUCAAAACAUGAGAAGUCAGCACUGAAUCCUCAGCAUAAACUUGCACAAGACCCAAAACCUGAGCAGAGUGAAAACAGUUUUCACUCAAAUAGGAAAAAAGCUAAGUUGGAUAUUCAGUCCUCUGAAGCACUUAAACAAUCCAAGUCGCACAGUUUGACAUUAGCCAGUAAACGGAAAGCGGUUGACCAAGAUGAGCAUCAUCACAGGACUGCUAAGUGCUUGAAAACACAGGUUACACAAGUUGCUAAAUUGAAAAUGGACCAAGAGCAAGAGCAAAAGCCAAUAGCCAAAAUGCAGACACCAAAUAAGAUAGUAUCGAUGUCUCUGGCAGGGCAUAAGUCAAAGAAAACAAUUCCAGCAUCUAAGCAUAAUUCUCAUUCAACUUUGAAACUGAAUGAGUUACCACCAAAGCUGGUGACUCGCUCUGGCCACAAACCUAUCCCUUCAACAGCUAGAAUAGUUUCCCAACAGUUAGACAGUAUAAGGGAAAAAGACAAGGGAAAGAUUAUGGAGCAUUCUAAUGAAGAUGAUAAAGAAAAAUUGAAAGUUAAGAAAAAUGAGAAGAGUAUUCUUCCACGGCAGAGGAGAAGUAGCAAAAGUUUUUCAUUGGAUGAACCACCAUUGUUUAUCCCAGAUAAUUUACCUGUGGUAAAAAAGGAUGAAACUGACGCGGACCAUUCCACCCCUGUUCCUACUUCAGAUUUGUGGGACCCCAAAAAACUAUGUGGAUUUUGUAGGAAACCACACCACAGUAGAUUUAUGGUAGGUUGCGGAAGGUGUGAUGAUUGGUUUCAUGGCGAGUGUGUUGGAUUGACACUUGUCCAAGCACAGCAACUGGAGAAAGAGGAUAAAGAAUUUAUUUGUUUCAAAUGUUGUGCUGUGGAAGAGAAAAAUGCUCCAUCAGUUAAUCAUAGUUACACAGUAAAACAUCAGUGUGUGCAAAACGACAUGGAGAAAGCCAAGCUUGAACUAACCCAUGAGCACACGAUCCAUUUAAAAAAUGAAAAGAUGAGUAAUUCAGAUGAACUAAGUACUACUGCAACUGAUAUUACUGGUGUAAAAUCAAAAAGAGAAAUGAUAGAAAAGACUGAGCAAUUGCUGAAUAAGAAGCACAAGGACAAAAUGUUAAAAAAGGUCUCUAAUAUAAGAACUGGUUCAACUGAUUCAAAGGAUUCGGAGACCAAGGAUGCAAAAAAAAUACGUUUAGGAAAUGACCAUCUUGGGCAAGUAACGGGAACCUCACAGGCACCCGAACAGAAGAAGAACAAACUGCUGAAAGACCUGGAAACUAGUCGGCUUAGCCAAGGAGAAAAGCUUCCUAAACUAGGUGCGUGAAAAUGAUUGAGCAAAUCGGUGCAUUUGCUGAAUGGAGAAAAGAAAAUGUAAAUAUUGUGAUUUAUUGGGAAGGCCUAUUUCUCAAAUUUUUGAAACAUUAUACAAGUUGAUAAAAUUUUUAAUAAAGAUGCAAGCUCAUCCCAUGCAGUCUUUCCUAUCCUCAAUAUCUUUAGUGUGUCAAAAUUAUGUCCUGUUUUAACUCAUUCUUU